AUGAAAUAUAUACUCACUUACCUUGGCAGGAGCGAUUGUAACGUAAUUGUUCUCGACUGGCGAAGACUUGCUAUUUCUGACUACGCUACAGCAGUACGUGGUGUCCCAGCUGUUGGCCGCGGUCUAGGGCAGUUCAUCAACUUUUUAAUCCAAACCAGUGGUGCCAAUAUAAAUAACUUCCAUCUAGUUGGAUUCAGUCUUGGUGCUCAUUUAGUUGGCAAUGCUGGAAGAGAAUUACAAGGCAGAGCUGCUCGCGUUACUGGUUUGGACCCGGCUGGACCUCUAUGGAACUAUAACAGCAACCGCCUACGUCCUAGCGAUGGUGUUUACGUGGAAGCCAUCCAUACAGACGGUGGCAUGACUGGUCUCGGAAUUGGUUCAGCUGUUGCCGACGCUGACUUCUUCCCAAACGGUGGCAACAGCCAGCCAGGAUGUUUGACCUCACUCUGUGAUCAUAAUCGUGCGUGGGAACUCUUCGCCGCCACGGUUACCCGUAACCAUCUAGUUGGAAAUUUGUGCAACAACAACCUCCAAAUCACUUUGAACAACUGCCGUGGCUCACAACUACACAUGGGAAAUGAUGAUUUAAGGAAAUUUGGAUCUGGUAUGUAUCGACUAAACACUGCCAGAAGAUAUCCUUUCUGAUUAAAAUAAAAGACUAAUCUGUAAUCUGUUUGAUAUAAAAGUUUUAUUGCUAUCCAUAUCUUGUUUUCUUUUAAACA